AUGUUCAGCGACAAACCACCAGACUCAAUACUAUCCUUUAGGGAUAUGCCUCCUCAUCGCUCUGAAGUCAAUCCACAAGCCAGUUCUGCCUCACGAUUACUUUAUAAGCCCAGUUAUGAUCUUCAAUUUGAUCUCGAGAUGGCGCAGAGGCGAAGCGAGAAAGAACCGAGACAAGACGAAUUACCACACCCACCUUUGUCAUAUGACGACGAAGGUCAGGAAGGAGAUGAUACAUCAAACGGACUGGAACCGAAUGGAGUCGAAUUUGGUUCAAAACUUGAAACCGAGAAUGUGUUUGAUGAAGAAACUUUGAACAGCCUUUUACUUCCACCUUCACCUGAAUACACUCCUGGUCUCGAACGUGAACUUAGACCCAACGCCAUCUUUCUUUAUAAUCGAUCGGUAGGAUUACUCAAAACCGAACAAAUCAUCAGUCAUAUCAUUCAAAUGGUCAAGACCCGAGAACUCAACUUUGAACAUUUGGAAUGGAUUGACGAUUUUAGUUGUGUGUUGGCCUUCAAAGACAAAUCAGCGGCUAUUGAGGCUUUUACUACUUUACUUCUAAAACCGGAUGAGGUCGAAGGAGAAAACGGAUUGGCAGAGGCCAUCGAUUUCUUAUCCUGCGUACCAAGCCGUCCUACACAAGAUGUCCUUGCGGCCGCUGCCGAUUUUGUUUUUGCUCUCAGGCCUUCGAAACCACUCGCCUCCAGUUUAUUUGAAACCAACAAACCCAACCCUCUCUUACAACCUACUCGUCCGGAACAGUUAGUACCUUUCAUCCGUUUCGCCACCAGCCUCGAUGUCAAACGGGUUCGAGCUCGAGAUCAUAGUCUUUUUUACGUCCUCCAUGGAGAUCGUGCUGGUCGGGACGGCGUAUCAACUCAGAAGGCCUCAUCUUCUUUCCAUCAGUCCUCUAAACGUCGACGAGUUGAUAAUCCUUCAAGUAGAAGACCUGGCCCGGAUGACGAAACUUGGUCUCGAAAUCGUCCCAUUGCUCGUCUACCAUCCGAUCGCCGUGAUGGUCGAUCGCGUCACCGAGGAGCCGCCACUGCGGCUGAUCUUGACGAUGAGCUAGAUCGUUUCAUGUGUCAAGCUUCGACCAGUAAUGAUCAGGAUGGGAUCAAUGAUCACGAUGAUGGCAGACCUGGCAGCGACGAUGAAGACUCACAUCAGCGAAGGUCAAAGCGACAUGAACCUGAAAGGGAACAGUUCUCUAAAGAAGACCUGUUCCCACGUAGUCGGUUAGGUGCAGGUGGCGGUAAUUUGAACGAUGAGGUAUCGGAAGACAAGGAGCGACAAAGAACACCUCCUGAAGAUGGACUGAGAACGUGGAUUGUACAAGCUGAUGGACAAACAAAUGAAGAAGAAUUAGGAGAAGAUGAAGAACUUGUGGAUGAAUAUGUUGAGAUGAUUGAUGAAGAAACGGGCAAGAAAAUCAAACGGCUCACUCAAUCUCGACGUCGAAAGAGUCGUUCAUCUGGAAAUAAGGGACGUGGAUCAUCUUUUGGAAGAUUGUUUGGAUCAUCUAUCGGAAGAUUAUUGUAA